AUGGAAAAGAAAAGUCGGGCUAGCAACGGCUUGGCAACGGCUAGAGAAGCCUCGGAGAAGUUGCCUGCACAGCCACCGUCGGUGUCCGUCGAGAUGGCUCAUCCACCUUACUACGUUCUCAUAUCUCAUUCCACACUCUCCGGUACAAGCCAGGCGAUUUCUUUCCGUCAUCCCACAAUUCAGUAUCACUACAGUGACGACUCACCGCUUUCACUUCUCCCUCAACAUCCACAAGAGCACGUCCUCGUUUUGAACCAUGACCCUCAGCCGUCUGCUGCGCCGCCAACCGUCCAAAGUAUCUCGAAAACAUUGAUUGUGACACGUCUAAAGGUCGAAGAGGCUCCUGGAGCAGCAGCAGCGGUGGGCGACCAUGACGGAAAGAAUGACAAGAUGUUUAUUGUCGAAACAUGCACUGAUGACAGGUCAGGGAUGUGCACGUUGUAA